UCAUGCUGCUGCCAGGUCCAGAGUCUCUCAUGGGUCCCUGUACGGCCUCCCAUUGCUGCUGUCUCCAUCGCCACACUCUGCCAUGUGCCACUUUCAGGUCUCCUCACACUGCUGGUGUGUGUUCCAUUUUUUGUCAUAGGGUGCUGGCAGAUUACGGGCCUCCCAUAGCUGCUGCCAGGCCCCUAAUCUGCCAUGGGCCCCUAUACCGCCUCCUCAUGCUGCUGCCAAGUCCAGAGUCUCUCAUGGGUCCCUGUACGGCCUCCCAUUGCUGCUGUCUCCAUCGCCACACUCUGCCAUGUGCCACUUUCAGGUCUCCUCACACUGCUGGUGUAUUCCAUUUUUUG